AUGACAUAAGGCGACCGAUGGCCCGAGGCUCAGGACUCUCGCCCGUUGCUGGCCUUCAGACCUCGUUUCUCCUCACGCCGCCGAAUAUGCAUGAUCCCACCUCACCCCACGUGGCGCAGCGAGCUGGAAUCUGGGGAGACAGGAGACACGUAUAUAGUGUCGUUGUUGGCAGCCACACCACCCACGUCAAAACUGCACGCCGUUUCUGAUAUCAAUUGAACGACACAUUCUAUCGACAUCUGAGAAAUAUACCAGAGCCUGACCAUGUGUAUCGCAAUCCUCACCACCGCACACCCGGACUAUCCCUUCAUCCUCCUCAAUAACCGCGAUGAGUACCUCCACCGCCCAACAGCAGAAGCCCAAUGGUGGCCAUCACCCGACUCCCAGGUCCUAGGGGGCUAUGACCUCCACCGCCCUGCCCACGGCACCUGGUUAGGCAUGACGCGACAAGGCCGCAUCGCAGUCCUGACCAACUACCGCGAGGAGAACCAAGCCAUCGUGCAAGGCGCCCGCAGCCGCGGCCUGAUCCCCAAUGCCUGGCUGAAAACCGACCCCGCCUCCACGCAAACCGCCGCCGACUUCGCGCGCCAGAUGAUCGAAGAAGACGGCGUCCAGGGCGUCGGCGGCUUCUCGCUGUGCUACGGCUUCGCCCAGGACGUAAUCAACGGUGCCGGCCUCAGCAUCGUGAGCAACCGCACGCCCGAUGUUGAAGGCGUGGUGCAUCUCCUACGCCAAAAGGGCGAGACGACGGCGCUCAGCAACGCCGCGUACGGCGACCGCUCGUGGCCCAAAGUCACCAAUGGCGAGAAGUGGACCGAAGAAGCGAUCAGCGCAUCGGUUGCGGCGCACGAGACGCGCGAGCAGCUUGUUGAGCGCCUGCUAGGCGUGCUGUCUGUUGAUAGCAUGCCCCGCCAGCGAGACAACGAGGAGUGGGAUAUGUAUCUUACGCAGCUGCGGCAUAGCGUGUUUAUUCCGGCGAUUGGGAGAGAUCACCUUGAGUUGCAUAAGAUGCCGAGCCAUGAGGUGGGCGAUGUGGUGAAGCAGAAGGCGGCGGAUGCGACGAGUGGGUGUUAUGGCACGGAGAAGCAGAUCGUGAUCCUUGUUGAUAAGGCUGGUAAGGCGUUCUAUUUGGAGCGCACGCUGUUUGACAGUGAUGCGCAGCCUGUUGCUACAGGAGAAGGGGACCGGACGUUUGAGUUCCAGAUUGAGGGGUGGUGAUGAGAAAGCGACAGGACAAAGACUCCGUUGGCGAGAUUGUAGAUGAUUUGGGUAUCAUGGUCAUUGAUGCUUCUUUAUAAAUAGAAAUCGUUGACUGACAUGUGAUCAAGACAGCCAUGGAUACAACAAUACUUCGAGGAAU